GUAUAGACAUAUAUGAGAAAAUUCGAACACUGAAUGCAUUAAUACAAGAAAGUGCACAAACAUUUUCUUACUCUGGCCAACACACAUGACAGGAAGCUGUGCUUCUCACUCAGGUCGUAUACACUUACACGCACACCCACGCCUUACCUGCCAGUUUGACAACGCUUACGUUCUUUACACAAGUCACUAACCACAACAGAUGCUAAUCUGAAGAUAACACACCGAGCCGCAAGCACAAUAGGUCUCAUAACCUACCAACAUCUUUGAAGACAACACUCUUUAAUCCUCUAUCUUUGUUCAUUUAUACAUAAAGUUUCAAGCUAUGCUAUCCUCAGUCCUAUUACUUUUUUUUGUUGACAAACGUGAAUGACGACCAAGAAAACAUAACAGUGAUCUAUGGGAAACUUUUUGACUUUCUGUGACUGCCCUGUAACUUUGGCACUCUCUGUGGGGGCUUCUUCGGCCAUUUGCAACACGCACCUAAACACGACACAUGGUUGAUCAUACGUCUGCCGAGGCCGAUUCUCCUUCCUUCGCCCCUAUGUUUCGUCCUCAGACAGAAGGUCAAAGGUCAAGUCAUGACCUUUACCAGCAAGAGUUAGUGAGCAGCCUGACCCAGUUUGAGGUCUCCAACCACCUCCCAUGUGAGUCCGGUGAAGACACGGGCAGCACGAUGAAUGGAGCAGAUCAAUCCGGGAAUGCUUCUUAUUGGGGGAAUAUGUCUCCGGUCUCGUCUAUGGCACAGAACAGGAACAAGGCACCAGGAAUGUAUGAUCCCAUCUGGAAUUCUCACUGUCACCAACAGGGGACAACCGAGAGUUAUGAUGCAUUGGGCCCUCAACGACAAAAACUUGAUUCUUUCUCUGACGCUUUCUGCAGUCGUAGCACCUCACGAAUCCUGGGUGGAGGAGGAGAGCAUAAUGGGUUCAACAACUCCACGCCACCUUCAAAUGCUCUGUCCUUCCCUCUGGUUCUUAGUCCACCUCCAACACCCCUGCCUCCUCCCUCUUUUUCUCCUCCAAAGAGACCACAACACUGCGUACCUGGGCAGAUCCUGAGCCACUCGCAGAUGCAAACACAGACGGAUGGGUCUCUGCAGUUCUUCUCUCUGUCCUCACCCUCAACUGCCAGGUUCACUCAUCCCAUUUGGCUCCAACUGCCGGCAGAAGACGCAGAUGGUGCGGACAUAAUGCAGCCUCUUUCACAGGAUUCAAAUCCCUCCAUGGGUUAUUCAGAGCAUGGAGGGCCCCAUUCCAAACAACAGUCUCUGCAGAAGACUACAGACUGUUUACUGUCCUAUAACCCUGCACUGGCCCAACAACUUCAACCACAGUCCUGUGUGCAGCUACAGCUGAGCCAUGAUCCUGGGACGUCUGAAGAUCACAUGUCAUGGCCUCAGAUUGGGCAAUCAUCUAAUUCAUUUGGAUCUUCUCAACAGCCAAGUUUCCAUGCCCAGGGAUCAGGAGAAGGGCUGAGAUUCAGUUGCGAAAUAAACCGCAGUUCUGGGUCCUUGGACAAACCUCUCGGGUCCUCCAGUACACAGAAUGUCCCCAUUGCUGUGUACGCUGGAGUCCCAUUUAACAGUGUGAUCCAGCUGGGUAGGGAGCUCAUGGAGACCUGGGAGGGAACUGUGUCUCACUUUACGCCUUCUCCAAUGCUGAACCCCAUACGCAGUGGAACGGGACUCUUUUAUAACCUGCUGCCCCCCUUAGCUGCGGAAAACAGAGCACUGUGGUCAGAUGAAAGGAAAGAGAAUGAGUCACACAGGUGCAUAAAUAUAGGCCCAGAGUUCCAAGCUGAACUGCCUGAUCUCAUAGAAGGGGAUGAUGAAAUGUGGCCAGAUGAACCAGUCAGAGAGGAGCUAUUGUGGAAACCUUGGGCAGAAUUAGAGGAGAAUGACACUCUUUUGCAGCAUGUGGAGAAUCUUCUAGACCUGAGUGCUUCUAGUGUUCUACCAGGAGGUGGUGCUAAUCUGGAACUGGCUCUACAUAGUCUCUUCCGCUGCCAGGGGAACAUUCUAGAAGCACUGGAGAUGCUACUAUUUUCAAAUUCUGCUCCAUCAGAUGACUUCCACUACUCUGGCACCAAAAUAUGGACUUUGAAUGAACAAAGAUUAUUCCACAAAGCAUUCACAAUUUAUGGAAAAGACUUUUCCUUUAUUCAGAAAAUGGUGAGAACAAAGGAAGUGUCACAGUGUGUAGAAUUCUACUACAACUCCAAAAGACUGUCAGAGAAACAAAGAAAACAGAGAGAAAGAGAAAAUGAAAAUUUGGAGAAAGAGAGAAACAUCCUCACUGUUAGCCAGGUUCCUUCAGUGCCAAAGAUGCUUGUUAACCAAACAAGUAUUGAGAGAUUGAUUCAUACACCACCACUUCCCACAAGCUUUCCCUGCAAACAGUGUGGAAAAAUGUUCUACAAAAUCAAAAGUAGGAAUGCACACAUGAAAAUCCAUCGGCAACAGCAAGAGGACUGGAGAGAAAAACUCCAAAUUCACCCAAACCUCAACCCAAAUAGAGCGUUGUCCAUUCCAAGCCAGCAAAUCCUAACACAGACCCACCAUCAGAACCAACUCCUAACCCACAGCCUGAUUCAGAACCUGGUCCAAUCACAGACCCAGUUGGCUUUUCUUCAAAGCACAAAGACGGAGUUCAUUCCAAAGCAACCAUACCAGUUAUACAGCACCCACCCAAAAUCUACAGAUUGUGCUCCAAGCACUUCACACUGGACAUCAGCAGACAUGAGCCUUACUGCACAGUGUAAAGACAGGUGGCCGAUUCUAUAACAGACUCAAGCUACGCAAGCUCAUUUUGAGCUUACAGGACAGUCAUUUUUCAUGGACUACCACCAAAUUUUCUUUUAAUUUACUGUACAUUCGUACUUUGCAAGAAGUGUCAUGGCAUUUGUUGAAGUUUUUAAAAUGUCAAGUAAACCAUUUAAUAAAAACCUUGCAAUUAAGCAAGCU